UUCAUAAUAAUAUCUGUAUACAUUCCUUACAUUUCUUUUAUUUUUUAGUCUUAAAACAGAAGAUAUUGAAAAGAAACUUAAAGAUGCUGAACAAAGGGAGGAGGCUUUAAUCAAACGUAUCACAGAAAAAGACAAAACAAUAGCAAAAAUGACAGGUGUUAUUGAAGCCUAUGAAAAAGCCAUAGCUGAAUUAAUUGCCGAUAAAGAGCAAUUAACACAACACUAUGAGAAACAAUUGGCCGAAGUUAAGGCUGAUCGCGAUUCAAAUUAUCAUCAUUUAACAUCGCUGGAAACAACAUUUUCCGAUUUGCAUGUAAAAUAUGAAAAGAGCAAAGAAAUGACCUGCCAAUUAAAAGAAAGCGAAGAAGCUUUACAAGCUGAAAAACGCAAAAAUUUAGAAAACCUUCAUUUACAGGAACAACGAUAUGACAAAAUGAAAAAUCAUGCAAUGCAACAAUUGGAAAUGUAAGUAAAUGUUUUAAUG